CCACGCUACCAUGGCGUGAACAAGUCUUCCCCUUCCCACUUCCCUUUCCUCCUCCCCCCAACCUCUCCUUUGUCUUUCUACAAACGCAACCCAGAAAACCUCCAAACUACUCUCCUUUGGCUUUUUUUUGCUGAAUAAAACAAAGCAGCCAAAACAAUGGGUAAGGCUUCAAAGUGGUUCCGCAAUCUACUAGGACUCAGAAAACAUGACCCACAUCAACCUCCCUCAUCCACCACCCCGUCCGCGUCCAGAACUCCACAGGUUCACCGAGACAAACGCCGGUGGAGCUUCGUCAAAUCUUACCGUGAGAAGGACAGCACUUCCACUUCCACUUCCACUUCCACUACUUCGGCUCUGCCGGCGGCAGCCAAACACAACUCAAAACCCACGUCAUAUGGGCGGCAGAUGAUAAACCAGGAAUCCGUUACUGAAUCGGACCGCGAUGUAGAUUCGACCAAGCACGCGAUUGCCGUGGCCACAGCAACUGCCGCAGUUCCGGAGGCUGUUGUGGCGGCAGCACAGGCAGCGGUUGCCGUCGUUAGGCUCACGAGUAGCAGUGGCAGGUGCCCACGUGACCCAACGCCGCACUUCAGCACCAACUGUGGGGUCCGAGAAGAGUUGGCUGCAAUUAAGAUCCAAUCGGCGUUCCGUGGAUAUCUGCAUGUACAUCUAAGUUGUUCUGUUGUGUCGUUUAUCUCCAAAACCGAAGUAAAUUCCAAACACUUCACUGAGGACCUUGUUGCUGGCGUGCACAAUGCGCACCCUCCCUGGAAGUCCUGUCACGUGUAGGCUAUGUGUUCCUUCUAAGAAUCUUCUUUCUCCUUCCCCUGUUAGCCUUCCUUUCUGUUUCCUUUGUCAUGACAUUUUCCCUCCCCACUGGUUUAUUCAGAAGGUGGGAGAGGCGAGAAAGGCGUGAAUCAAACGUGGACUCAAAA